AUGACCCCAAAACAGCUUGCUAUGUUUAGGAAAACUGUCUUCGGCCACCUCCUUGAUGUGGACCUUGUAUUUAACGGGCCCCUGAUACAUAGUGUUUUGCUUAGGGAGGUUGAAGAGAGUACGCCAGACACUAUUAGCUUCAACCUUUUUUGGACUAAGGUGUCGUUCGGUCGGAGAGAGUUUGACAUCAUUAGCGGUCUAAAGUAUUAUAGGAGUCCAGUUAGGAAAAUCACGUAUCCUCAAAGACUUAGGACCCUAUACUUCAAUAAUAGCACGGACCUGUUGCUGAGUGAGUUGGAGAAGAUGUAUACAUCAAUUUGGUUCGAGGAUGACUUUGAUGCAGUUAAGGUGUCAAUAGUGUACUUCGUAGAGUUAGUACUGUUAGUACUGUUGGGAAUAGUGGAUGAUUGGGAAGCCUGCUGCAACCACGAUUGGGCAUUGUUGUCGUUCGAGAAAACAAUCUAUAGUCUGCAGCGUGGCGCAUCCAAGAAGUCGAAGGAGGGAGGAUUGAGGAAAUCAUAUAGUCUCCAUGGUUUUCCAUGGGUGUUCCAGGUGUGGGCAUACGAGACUAUAUCUUCUCUUUCGGGACGUGUUGCGACUAUAGGUGUGAAAGAGAAGGCGAAUGAGGAGGAUAAGAGUGGGGAGAAGGUUGAUGACAUCGAUGUGGAGGUUGAGGAGAAUGAGACAAAGAGGAGUUAG